UCCACGUCUUGAAAUGCUACAAUUCUCCCAAACGCGUAACCCAAAAUGAGCCGACUUUUUCUUCUCGCGCUGUUAAUAUGCGCCGCUUCGGCCGCGUAUCAUCCAUGUAUCAUAAAGGAUAAGGAAAAAUCGGAUAUUCGGGUGAUCGAUAUAGACGAUUUCAGCACAGACGAUUCCAGUUCCGAGGAAUCGGAUAUUCUGACUUUACAUCUUCCGGAGAAAGGAAAAAGAGAAAAGGGUAGUGAAAAAGGAAAAGAUUUCUGCAAAACAGAUGAAGAUUGCGAUUCAAAUUCAAUCUGUUUAGCAAAUAUAAUCUGCGUAAAGGGAACACGACGAAAUUUAGAUUCUCUGGAAAGAAGCGCUAAUCAAUUGAAAUCUGGACGGUGCAAGGAUCAACAAUGUCCUCACGUCUCCGAACAUGACGAUAGUUAUGCCGAUAAAAUUUUUAUAGAGUAACCUCGCUCUCGGGAACAAUAAACGCAUUUGCAUCAAUCGAAUGAUUGAUUUCCCAUCAUCGCCCAUAUCCAGCGGAUAUCUGUUUGCUUAUCUGUAUUUCGUGUGCCAAUGAAAUUUCCCACACUGCACAUCCAUCCAUUGUCGACGCAUGAAUAUAACAUAAACCCCGAAAAUAUCGAGCAUUUAAUGGCAGCCCGACCGCGGACGCGAGCGUGUGUAGUAAAGCGGUUAAGUUACAUUUUACACGCGGAUUCGAAACGUCAACGCGGAGAGAUACGGUCGACGUGUAAAAGCCCGAUUUUCCUCUCGCUCUAAAAAACAAACA